AUGGCCGCCUCCAUCUUCGCCGCCGUCCCCCGCGCCCCGCCUGUCGCCGUCUUCAAGCUCACGGCGGAUUUCCGGGAGGACGGCGACUCGCGGAAGGUCAACCUCGGCGUGGGCGCCUACCGCACGGACGAGGGGCAGCCAUGGGUCCUGCCGGUGGUGAAGAAGGUGGAGCAGAUGAUCGCCAACGACAACAGCCUGAACCACGAGUAUCUGCCCAUCCUGGGUCUGCCCGAGUUCCGGGCCAACGCCUCCCGGAUCGCCCUGGGUGAUGACAGCCCUGCCAUCAAGGAGAACCGGGUUGGAAGUGUUCAGUCCCUGGGCGGGACGGGUGCUCUGCGGAUCGGAGCAGAGUUCCUGAGGCGCUGGUACAAUGGCAACAACAACACGGCCACCCCAAUCUACGUCUCCGCUCCAUCCUGGGAGAACCACAAUUCUGUUUUUAUGGAUGCUGGCUUCAAAGACAUUAGAACCUAUCACUACUGGGAUGCUGCCAAGAGGGGUCUGGACCUCCAGGGGCUGCUGAAUGACAUGGAAAACGCCCCAGAGUCCUCCAUUUUCAUCCUCCAUGCCUGUGCGCACAACCCAACAGGCACAGACCCUACUCCUGAGCAGUGGAAACAGAUUGCUGGUGUCAUGAAGCGCCGGAGCCUGUUUCCAUUCUUCGACUCCGCGUACCAAGGGUUUGCCUCUGGCAGCCUGGACAAAGAUGCCUGGGCUGUGCGAUACUUUGUCUCCGAGGGCUUUGAGCUCUUCUGUGCACAGUCGUUUUCCAAGAACUUUGGGCUUUACAAUGAACGGGUGGGGAACCUGACCGUGGUGGGGAAGGAUGCGGACAAUGUGCAGCGUGUGCUAUCCCAGAUGGAGAAGAUUGUGCGCACCACUUGGUCCAACCCUCCCUCCCAGGGAGCACGCAUUGUGGCAACUACGCUUUCUUCCCCGCAGCUCUUUGAUGAGUGGAAGGGCAACGUGAAGACAAUGGCAGAUCGGGUCUUGCUGAUGCGGUCAGAGCUCCGGUCUCGACUGGAGGCCCUUGGGACCCCAGGCACCUGGAACCACAUCACAGAGCAGAUCGGCAUGUUCAGCUUCACAGGGCUGAACCCUAAGCAGGUGGAGUACAUGAUCAAGGAAAAACACAUCUACCUGAUGGCUAGUGGGCGCAUCAACAUGUGUGGUCUAACUACCAAGAACCUGGACUAUGUGGCCAAGUCCAUCCAUGAAGCUGUCACAAAAAUCCAAUGAAGCACAUGAACAACCAAACUUACAUGAAGUCACCAAAGCUAUAGUGUGUAGUCCAUGUCUUUCUCUGCUCAUGGCUUGCCUUUUCCCACACCUCUUGGGGUUUAAUAAAGA